AGAUAGGUUGUUAUUAUUAGAGGGCGGUUUCCGUAAUUAGCGAUGGUGGACACUUCCGAAAUGUUGUUAACCCUUGAUCACAUCAAGUACAGAAAACCUGGCGACGGUCGGUCACCAAUAGGACGACUGAUGUUAUACAAAGAACAUGUUGAAUGGAGGGAUAACGCUGGUCCCGAAAUUUUGUACGUAAAAUUCAUGCAAAUCAAAGGUCAACGCGUAUCUCCUCCCAACAAGUCGAAAGUGCAGUUGCAACUAGUACUUCAAAAUGAUGACCAGGCAACUUUUGUGUUCUUGAACCCGGCUCUGGACAAAGAAGGACUUACAAAAGAAAGGGAUUUGCUGAAAGAGACUUUACAGCAGGCUCUCAUAGCUCACCGUCAAAGGGUUAACCAGUUAGCGGCAUCCAACGAGAAGGAUGUGAAACAAUCCGAAUUGAAAGAGAAGCAGCGGAUAUUAGGAGAAAACAAGCAACUUGAUCAGCUCUAUACCCAUCUUGUGGCGUCGAAGCUGAUAAGCGCUCAAGAAUUUUGGACCGAUUACUACCAGUCGUCCGGUACUGUGGAAGACAAAGCGGGUAUCAGUGGUGCUUUUUUGACGAAUAUCGUACAGCAAGAGGGCACAAAUGGUAUAAAGUUGAAUUUGAACACCGAGAUCAUUCAGGCAGUCUUCAACACUUACCCGGCAGUCGAGAAGAAGCAUUUGGAGCUUGUACCUCAUGAAAUGACCGAGGCUCAGUUCUGGACGAAGUUCUUUCAAUCGCAUUACUUUCACCGAGAGCGUGAGGUCCUUCCCAACCCCAAUGAUCCGUUUGCGGAUUGCGUGAAAAUGGACGAUGCUGAAAUGGAAAAGAUUCAAGGUGAUGGGAUCAAUCGCAAACGAUUUGAUCUCGAUCAUCUCAAUGACAAUAGUUUGAAAGAUCUUGCGAGACUGGAUAAUCAGAAAGCACCACAAAAGAGCACUUUAGUACGGCGUUGCAACUACCUGUCCGAAAAAAUUUUGGCAGUCCUCAGACCUCCUGCUCCCACAGGCGAAAGUAGCAAAGGCGCACCAAAACAGUCUGGCUUUGGCGUUUUGAAUCGAAUUAUGGAAGAAGACGAAAAGAGGCUGGAGUCAGAUGAACUUGUGGACCAAGAUGGACAACAGGACUGCCAGAGCGUAGCCAUAAAGGAAGAUCAUGAAGGAAUAAAUAGGACUUAUACCCCUGAGGAAGCUGCCAACUAUAAAUCCAUGGUGCUCACUUUGUUAGAAAGUUCGUCUGAUGAGGACAUCUUGAUUCCGGAAGAUGAAGAUCUAGAUGCAUUCGAAAUGGAGAUCACUGAAGCAAACGGCACGGCUUCAGAAGCACAGUUGAAUGGAUCAGGUGAUCCUUCAGAAUGGGGCUUGUCACCAGCACAACUGAAUGAAUUACGUGCUAUCCAUGACUCGGCUGCGGAACUUUUGAAACAUUUUUGGACUUGUUUUCCUCCUGUUACACCAGAGUUAGAGGAGAAGCUGGAGCGAAUGUCCCAGACCUUGAAGAAGUACGAGGCAAAUCAGCUUCGAGAUGCAGAACGGCAGUUUGGCAGAGUAAAUGUCCAACAUUGUUAUCAAAUGCUUGCCCGUGCUUAUGCUCGAUAUCAAAUGUAUGCCGAGAGGAAAACUGCCCGACACUGAACACUUGCUGGAAUUAUGGGUAAUUUAAGCAGUCUUUAAUUGUGCAAAGGAUCUCUACUCGUUAUUGUUAUGCAGUUGUUUUAUUGUAAAAUUUGAUAAAGAUGGCAUAGAUGUGAUAAAAUUUCUAAUUA